AUGGGCGCUUCAAGCGACAGCGACGACGAUCACGAAUUACUAUCUUACGGUCAACCUUCAUCCUCCGAACCAUCCGGAUCUUCCCAUCCUCUUCUCUCGAAUGGUCUCGCAUCGCCCCCUCUCUCACGAUCUCACGGUCGUAAUCAGUCCAGCUCCUCUUCCCGACAUCAUCGACAUUCCACCGCAUAUCUCAUAUUGAGGAGAUGGUGGAAACCAUGUUUUGCAAUAUUACUUCCGCCCUUCCUGUUAUUCAUUUACGCUUUAAUACACCCACAUGUAAAAGGUUUACCACCUCUACCGAAGGUGCACAUCACUUCUGGCUCGACAAAUGCAGGGGAAACACUAUACGAGGAGAAGAUAAUCGAGAAAUGUAUAUGUGGUGUGACGGAUGAAGGGAAAAGAAUAUGUUCAUUAUAUCAAGAAGAGGGUUUAAAAAACAGUAGAUUGGUUCAAGGUACAGGAGCGAGGAUGAGAAGGAUGUUACAGAAAGCUAGAGAAGGAAAAGCGGUCAAAAUAGGAGUCCUGGGUGGUAGUGUGUCCGCUUGUCAUGGAGUACAUCCAAGUGCAGAUUAUCCUCAAGGUGAUCCUGGAGGUCCAGGAUGCUACACUACUUUAUUGAAACAGUGGUUCGAAAGGACUUUUCCUGAUGCUGAUCACGAGUUCCGAAAUGGCGCUAUUGGAGGUAUGGAUUCAAGUUAUUAUGCAUUUUGUGGAACACAUCAUAUCGCAACAGAUACCGAUCUUAUAGUAUUGGAAUUUGACGUGAAUGAUCAAGCAGAUCUGUUGUAUCAAGCGUUCUUUGAUCAGCUCCUACGAGCUCUGUCUGAAUUCCAGACUCAGCCUGCUAUUUUGAUUCUUGGAGCUUGGAGUCCUCAAGUAGCCCAAGAUCAAGGAUAUGGUGAUCCUCAAAUCGUUCAUGCUCCAAUAGCACUCUACUACGACGUACCUUAUUUAUCAAUGAAGCGAUUGAUAUUCAACCAUUAUCUGAGAUACCCAAAAUCAACGGCUGAAGCAUUUUUCCAACCUGAUCUCGUACAUCCCAAAGCUCGUGGACAUCGGAUACUGGCCGAUCUCCUCAUUUCUUAUCUCGAGUCCGAGUUAUGCAUGCUCUCUCACUAUGGUCUUCCGGUCGUACCUCAUGCUACCGACACCAUCUUGACAUCCGAUCCAUUUUCGUCACUGGUCGAUGUGCCUUUCCCCCUCGAUACAUUACACUUGAUAGACCCCGUUACACCUCCACCAGGAUGGGAAAAGACCUUUGAUCUGGAACCUUUAGAAGCUAUAGCUUCUGAAUCACGUCAUUUCGUUCUGCCAUCUACCCCAUAUUCUGUUCCUCCAGUUGGGAUGUUCACCCCUUUACGAGAAGUUGUAGAUCCUCUUAGAACCGAUCCGACAUCAGGCAAACAUAUAACAGGUUUAAUCCAACCCGAACUAUACUGCGCAGAUGCAAAUGAUAAAGAAAACCCAAUGGCACCUUCAUCAUCGGAAGGAUGGGAGCCUUUCGUUUGGAAUGGAGAAAAACAUUAUUGGGUGUCGAAUACACCUGGUGCAAGAAUACGAGUGGAAAUCAAAGUCACUGCUGGAAGAGUCGCUGUGUACUAUUUCAGAAGUCAACAUUACAAUUUGGGCGAUGCGCGGUGCUGGGUAGAUGAUAAUGAGAAAGGAGCAGUUCAUUUAGCUGGGUAUUGGAAAAAAUCAUAUAACGUGGCCAUCGUUGCGUAUAUCGAUGAAAAGGUGACACCAGGUGAUCAUUACGUUACUUGCGAAGUCGCCAAAAACACUUCUCAUCCCACAAAUCCAAACGCGCAUCACUUCAGACUCACAGCGAUCAUGGCUACAUAA